AUGCGAACCUACGAGGACACCUUCUCCGGCGCGAGAAUCUACCCUGGCAAGGGUAAGCUCUACGUCCGUGGCGACAGCAAGAUCUUCCGAUUCCAGAACGGCAAGUCGGAGUCUCUCUUCCUGCAAAGGAAGAACCCCCGCCGUAUCGCAUGGACCGUCCUCUACCGCCGACAGCACCGCAAGGGUAUCUCUGAGGAGGUUGCUAAGAAGCGAACCCGCCGCACCGUGAAGUCCCAGCGAGGCAUCGUUGGUGCUUCUCUCGACGUGAUCAAGGAGAAGCGCAACAUCCGACCCGAGGCCCGUUCCGCUGCCCGAGCCCAGGCCAUCAAGGAGAGCAAGGAGAAGAAGCAGGCCGACGCUGCUGCCAAGAAGUCCGAGAAGGCUAAGCUCGCUGCCCAGGCCUCCAAGGGCCAGGCUGUCCGACAAGUCAGCAAGCAGGGUGCCAAGGGCUCUGCCCCCAAGGUUCAGGCCAAGACCCGUUAA